AUGACCAGACCGUGCAACGGUCUCAGGCGUCGGACCAAGCGAGACUACCUGACUGAGGCACUCAGGAAUGGCGGCAAGAACGGAUUGACCUGGCGACCACCGAUUGCGAAGAAGAGAGACAUCUCACACUGGAAUGUCGCGAGACGAGUUGGCUGGAGGAAGUACACGGUGAAUAAGCAGCGGCACGCUGCAGACCAACCAUGGCCAUUAUCACACAGCUCGGAACCAUUGCUCGAGCGCAUCGUCGCAAGCUAUAUUCAAGAGACCCCCAGAUUGAGCGAUCCACUCCAAGCCAGCUGGCAUGCCUCGUACCAGAUCACAACCAAGGAUCACCAACACCUGCGGAGCAGAGGCUGGCAACUGAAUGAUCUUAAGGAGUGGUCGCAGAUUCUUUCCCAGUCUGAUGUCUCCACCGCUGCGACCAGACUGGCGGAGCGUGUGAGAAGUCGAGGUCCUUCACGUGUCCCGAUCAUGCUUUUGACCAAAUUGUUACGACGGCCUUACAUCAAUGCACCAGCUCUCCGCACCUUGCUCAGUGUCUCAUGGGAGAUGCUGCUGUAUCGAUCGAGCUUGUGCCAGAUUUACACCAGCGACAAUACUGUCUUUGUUAUUUUUCUGCGCCUACUGAGGCACGCAAGAGUUGUAUGGCCAACUGCCAUAGAGAACAUUGCCGACUUGCUUCUACAAAACCUACCUUCCAUUCGGGCCGGAUACAAGAAAGACUAUAAGACACCUGCAAGACUCACACACAUGCUCAACGCAGCACUGCGACUCAUCACGAUCAGAACUGCAGUCGAGCCCAUGCACAAUACUGAGCCACAAGAAGCCGCAGUCGUACGCAUCUUGAGCUUCAUGUCCGAACAGCACCCACAGCUGCAGAUUACUCGCGAAGGCUUCAGAGCUGUCAUUCGAAUCCAAUUAACCAUGAAGAAGACGCCCAGAGAGCAAGAGUGGGGCAAGCUGAAGGCUCUCUCGUGGCCACCUUGGAAACAAGACAGGACUGCAAUGGACGCUCUAAUCACGCCAGAGUAUGGCGUCACGCGUGCUUUGUCGACGCUAGGUGGCAUGCGAGAGGCUGGGUACGGCUUCCUGGCUUGGGAGAACUCUGCACAACUACUGGCUGGUUGGGAUGUGGACAGAACGCCCACUAUCCAGUCACGCAUGCUACUCGGCUCUGGCUGGGGCACUCACAACGGGCAAGAAGCCGAGAAUUGGGCUGCACGCAUCAUCGCCACACGUACAGCACAAGAGGCUUGGGCAGCUUAUCUGGCUUACGAGGAGAGCGAAGUACCUGCGCACGAGCUUGUGCACCUCGCCAUCUUGGAGAAGCUGUAUCGCGAGGAGAAACGACAGAAGGAAGAGAUGGUCAAGACUUCCACUUCAAGGAAGAAGCGACGUAGCCCACUCAUGCCAGGCGACACACGAGAAGUCGAACCCUUGCCACCGUCGACGCACCUCUAUACGUACACUUCACGACCAGUCCCGACGGUGCAAAGUUUCUUCGUCCAGCUUCGUGGACAAGGACAUCGACUGCGUGGCCAUGCGCUAUCAUUCGCAGUAGCUCAUGCGAAGUCUUUGGAACAAGGAAUCGAGUACCUACUAAGCGUGCAGGACAUUGAGCCGGCGAUCUCGUCUUUACUGUCAGCUAUACCAGACGUGAGAAUCCGAGAAGUGCCUGACUAUCUUUUCGCUUCAUACAUCCAACUCUUAUGCCACUUCACGAACGCGCCCUUGUCGCGCAUGUACGACGAACUCCCUUUUGAGAUUCCGGCUUUCAUGCACGAUGUACGGAUUCUGUCUGGCUGGAGUAGCCAUCGUCAGCCCGUCGUCUUCGCCUUGCAUCUACUGCAGCUGCGUGGUACCUUAUACAGGCCAGCCUGGAUCGCUGUCCUGCACGCUCUGAACCGGAGUAUGGUCGCGCGUGGUCUGCAUUCGCACCGAGCUAUACAGAGGAAUGCUAUGUUGCUGACCGGGGACGGCAAUGUUCGGAUAUGCCAUGGACACAUCAUCGCCUACCGUCUAGCUCAACGGACAGUCUCGAUGCUGGAGCAGAUCAACGUGGAUCUUGACAUAGCUGGUCUACAUAGUCUUUGCAUCAAUGUGAACAAUCUGACGUGGAACUGCUGGCAUACGCUCAAUCAUGGAGGGUCUACGCAACCGCUGGACGAGCGCGAAGGCGCUGAUCAGAGACUGCUGCUUGCGGAGGCGAUGGAUAUCCUCCGCACUCGCAAGCACACGGUAUGGCUUAAGCAUCAUUUCUGGAGACUCGUUGGGGAGAGUGCAACCUAUCCUCCAAACCUACGCCACCGCAGUACUAGCCAUGUACCAAUGCAGCCACGCUUUCUGAACACCCCCGGACCUGCUGUAAUACAUGCCUACGUACGUGCUCUCGGCUGGGCCGGCGACUACGAUGGUAUCCUUGAGGUGGUGAGGUGGAUGGUGGAGCACGAGUCUGUACUCAAACAUGCUCGAGAACGAGACAGGAAUGGGGAGGAUAUGCUUCGGCUUUCUCUCAUCGCUGCUAGAGGGUUCAUGGAGCGGGCCUGGCUCGUGUCAGACACCCCUCGCACCGCCCCAGAGCAUAAGGACGAGCAGAGCAGCAAGGACGUACUUCCCGCCUUCCCGCCAGAAACAGAAGAAGAAGGUGUCCCCCAUAUCUUACGAGUCAUGCAAACCCCGGCCCCAAUCGAGAUCAUCGCAGAGGUCAGAGAACUCGUGGAGAGCGUGGAGGCUUGGCAGGGUUGGGCGACUGAUGCGGAAGUUGAGGAGUAUUUUGCUGAUAGACGGUUUCGGGAAUUGUUGGAUACUACUGCAUCGAAGAAUUGA